UCACUCCAAGGAAAAAAGAAAAUUGAAAAUGGAUUUCUUUUAGAUGUAGUGAAAAAGAUUUUUUAGAAAAUUCUAAAAAGGUUUUAGGGAUACGCACCUCACAAUGAAAACUUGGAAUGUUGUAGGGAUUUUUGGGCACAUAUCGGGAUCCCACAUAAAUCCUCAACUCACAAUGGCGUCCCUUAUUUUAGGAAAAACAGAACCUCUGGAAGUUUUUUUUUAUCUUAUGGGUCAAUUCAGUGGAGCAACUACUGGUUACGUUGUACUAUGGACUGUUCUUCCUGACGAAACGUACCGUAAUGGACUUUGUUUGAAUACUGUAAAUGGAAAUAUUACUGUUUGUCAGGGUUUGAUAGUGGAAAUAAUAUCUACAGCAACGUUGACCUUAGCAUGUGCUAGCAUUUGGGACGCCAAAAAUGCCAGGAAAAUUGAUUCGAUUUCUCUUAGACUUGGAUUAAUCAUUGCAGUCAUUGCGAUGGUGGCGGGCCCUUUUACCGGAGCCAGCAUGAAUUCAGCAAGAAGCUUCGCACCCGCUUUAAUAAAUAAUCUUUGGGAAAAUCAUUGGGUUUACUGGGUUGGACCUACCUUUGGAUCAAUCGUAGCAGCUGUAAUUUAUAGAUUUUUAUUCGAACAUUUUGACGACAUGGAUAGAGAGCAAACAACAGAAUCUGUAGUUGAAGAUAGACUUUGAGGAUGAUCAUGAUCUUUUUAAUAUUAACCAGUGAAGUCAUAAACACUUACAUUAUACACAUAAGUAAUAUUUUUAAUGUUUGU